GGUUUCAAUAAAUUAAUAGUAGAUACAGGAGAAUUUAGUACUGUCUAAUUACCAGAAAUUCUUAGAUCUUGUAUUUAAAAAAAAAAAUCCCAAGCAAGUAUUCCAUAAAUUAAUAUGGAGUGGACAUAGACUCAGCUAGGAACUGACGUAGGACAACUGAACCUACAAAUGUCAAGAGGCAACAUUACUGGUUGAUUUGUUUGUGGACCCUGGCUCAAACCACAUAAGUUUUACACAUUUGAGAAGUCUUUAAAUGUUGGUUGCAUGUGGAUUCCCUGUUACUCUGAAACUUACAGAGGACUCUGCAGCUGGAUUUGGAGAUGGUUGAAGUCAGAAGGGGACGUUUCUUCAACUCCCUGAGAGGACAUUUUGGAAUGACCAUCAUUUAUGGAUUAUUAUCAGAAUACUGCAUCCAUUUGGAACAACUAUAAUCUUUCCUCUCGGAGGGUAUCUUCUCUCAAUAUAUCAAUGAAAUGUGGAUAUGAAUUUCUUGAAUAAUGUAUGAAAAUGACACUAACUAUGAUAAGGGUACUCUUAAUGCAUCAUUGCUUCAGCAAAAACUCUUCAUUGGGAGCAUGUUUUGUUUCUGUUAUUGGGCACAGUGUAGCAAGAUCAACUUUUGCUGGGGAAAGCAGCCUAAACCCGAAGUUCCCAGAGUUUUUAGUAUCAUCUAUAUCUCAUAAAUUAUCUCCAACUCCACGUUUUCAGCAAUUUUCUGCUGCCACAGAGCCUCAUAGGAUCUUGUGGAAAGGUUCCUCUAAUGCACUCUUAUUGGACAAGCUUCAAACUGCUUUAAAGGAUCACAGAGUGGACGAAGCAUGGGAGGCAUUUAAUGAUUUCAAAGGCUUAUAUGGUUUUCCAAAAUACUCUCUUGUUAACCAAUUGGUCAUUGAGUUGUCCUAUUCAUCUGAUUCUCAUUGGCUUCGAAAGGCAUAUGAUCUGGUCCUCCUGAUUGUAAAUGAGAAGCCGGAUUUGCUUCACCAUGAUUUCUUGACCAGGUUGGCUCUCUCCCUGGUAAGAGCUCAAAUGCCUAUUCCUGCUUCCACCAUCCUCAGAUUGAUAAUGGAAAAAUAUAAGCUCCUAUCCAUGGAUUUAUGGAAAACCAUCUUUAUUCAUAUGGUAAAGACAGAUGUAGGGACGUGUAUUGCAUCCAAUAUCUUGGCUGAGAUUUGUGAAUGUUUCCUGCAUCGUAAGGUUGAUCAUAAUGUAAAAAGUUUCAAAUGCUCAAGUUUGAUGAAGCCUGAUACAAUGAUCUUCAACCUUGUUCUUGAUGCCUGUGUACGGUUCAGAUCAAUGUUGAAGGCUCAACAGGUAAUAGAGUUGAUGCCACAGGUAGGAGCUGUAGCUGAUGCGCACUCCAUUGUGAUUAUUGCUCAGAUCCACGAGAUGAAUGGACAAAAGGAUGAGCUGAAGAAAUUUAGACACCUUGUCGAUGGAGUUUCAGUCCCGUUGCUUCACCAUUAUCGGCAGUUCUACGACAGUUUGCUGAGCUUGCACUUCAAAUUCGAUGAUAUUGAUGCUGCAUCUGGGUUAGUGUUGGAUUUGUCUAGACACCCAAGAUCUUCCCAUAGAAAGGAUCUUCAAAAGCCUUGCGUAGUUUCAAUUGGUUCUGGUAAUCCUAGGAUGGGACUGAGAAUGCAGGUCGAACCUGAGCUGUUGCAGAAGAAUUUUGUUUGUGGAGUGGACAGUCAGCCCGAACUUGUUAAUUUCAUGGAUGGGAGACUUGUACUUAGUAACAAGGCCCUUGCCAAACUUAUUAUUGGCUUCAAGAGGGAUGGGAAGGUUGGUGAGCUAUCAGUGCUUCUAGUUAACAUUCAAACAGAGUUGGGCUUAUCCCAAGAAGCUGGUUUGAGCUCUGAAGUGAUCAAUGCUUGCGUUCAGUUGGGCUGGCUGGAGACUGCCCAUGACAUUUUGGAUGACAUGGAACAGGCAGGUAAGCCCGUUGGUUCCGUUACAUAUUUUUCUCUAUUGAGAUCCUAUUGCAGAGAAGACAUGUUGAAAGAAGGCAAAGGAUUAGUAAGACAAAUGAGAAAGGCCGGUUUGCUCACAGACUUGCCUGAUGAGGAGGUUAUCUCAACAUGUCUUCCAGAAGAAAGUGGCAUGUAUCUUUUUGAUUUUAAGCCUGCCUCUUUAGUUGAGAAAUCAGGUUUGGCAGAGUCUUUGACCCGAGAAUUGAGGAAGGAAGAAAAAGCAACAUUUUCACUGGUUUACAAAAUUGAUUCUUCAAUUUAUUUCUUCUGCAAGGCCAAAAUGAUGGAGGACGCUUUGAAGGCGUACCGAAGGAUGCAGGAAAGGAACCUACAGCCUACGGUGCAUACUUUUUUUAACCUGAUAAAUGGGUAUUCUUCUUUGGGUAUGUAUCGUGAGAUUACAAUUUUGUGGGGUGAUAUCAGGAGGCGACUGCAUAGUGGAGAUUUAGAGGUGAACAGAGAUUUGCAAGAGUUAUUGUUGUGGAAUUUUAUUCGAGGUGGGUACUUUGAGAGAUUGAUGGAAGUCAUAAGUUACAUGAUACAGCAUGGGAUGUAUAUUGACAAGUGGAAGUAUAAGAGAGAAUUCCUAAAAUUCCACAAGGGUCUGUAUAGAAAUUUAAAGGCAUCAAAAGCUAAAACUGAGGCUCAGAUUAAGAGGCUUGAGCAUGUCAGUGCAUUUAGGAAAUGGGCUGGUAUUGAUUGAAUGUCCUUGCUUUUGUUCAAGCAUAGUUUCAUUAGGGUGCAGCCAUUUAUGCCAAGCGUAGUCAUUUGUUGACAGGCUUUAGAUCCAUGGAAACUAAGUUGAAUGAUAAAGCAACAGAAAACGACUGUGUUGAUGGCUGAGCUGGAAGAUACUUUCAUAAAACCCUGCAGCUGAGCAACCGGGUAUAAUGUUCUUAUACCAGGUAAGAUUUUAUUGGCCAGAGUGGACCUGCUUCCGAACUUCACUGUCUGGUGUGGAUUUAAGCUCUGCAAGUUAUUGAACAUUGG